AUGGCGUUCACUUUUUCCUCCUCUUCCUCCUCUGUUUCUUCUGCUCAAUCUCCCUUUGGUAAUCUCUCCAACCUGAUAUUAGUGAAAUUAGACAAGCACAACUUUCUUCUCUGGAGGGCCCAAUACCAACAAUUGCUAGAAGGCCUUCACCUCUUUGGUUACCUUGAUGGAUCGGUCCCUUGUCCACCAAUGAAUGUCACCACUAAGAAAGAUGGUGUUGUUACCUCUUCAAUCAAUCUUGACUAUCUCAACUGGCGCACUCAAGACAAACCGCUACUGAGUUGGCUUCUCACAGCUCUAAAGGAAGAAGCUCUCGCCACUGUGGUUGGUUGCAGUACUUCUCAUGAAGCUUGGAGUACCCUGUGUCGUGUCUAUGCUUCUCCAUCACGUGCUCGUCUAAUGCAGAUUAAACAUGAUCUACAUCACCUAAACAAAGGAUCCAAAUCAAUGACUGAUAACUUCCACAAGGUGAAAUCUCUUAGUGAUUCCUUAGCCACUGUUGGGCAUCCCUUACAUAUUGAUGAUAUCAUUCUUUACACUAUUGGUGGACUUAGCUCUGAAUAUGACUCAUUAGUCACUGCUAUCACUACUAAAACUGAUGAAAUAUCCAUUGAUGAGUUGCAUGGUAUUUUACUCCAACAUGGACUUCGCCUUGAACGUCAAUCCUCAUGUUCAGACAUUACUCCCCAAGCCAAUACUGCUAUGCACAAAUCUCAACAGCCACAGGACAGACCUUUCUCUAAUACUCGUGGUCGCGGUCGGGGAAGAGGUCGCGAUCGCUCUCCUAAUGCACUUGGAUUUGGCUCUUCUUCACCAAAAGUGACAUGCCAAGUUUGUGGAAAAAUAGGACACUCAGCUCUUUCUUGCUUCCAUCGAUUUGAUCUCGCCUUUCAGGCCUCAAAUUCACCUACCAACUCAAAGGCCUUAUCUGCAACUCACACAAUUGAUACUACAGAUAAUGAUUGGUAUCCUGACAUGGGCGGAACUCAUCAUCUCACAUCUGACUUGAGCAAUCUCUCCAUUCACAAUCCUUAUCAUGGCAAUGACAAAAUAGCCGUUGGGAACGACACAAGUUUGGAUAUUUAUCAUAUUGGAAAUACUGUUCUGCAUACACCCAUUUGUUCUUUUCAUUUAAAGAACAUCCUUCAUGUCCCUGCCAUAACCAAAAACCUCUUAUUUGUUCGACAAUUUUGCCAUGACAAUGAUGUUGUGUUUGAAUUUACUGAUUUUGGGUUUACUGUGAAGGACAAACACCAGAGGACCCCACUCGCUUCCACGUAG